AUGAACUCGACCUGGGAGGGACUGACUCUGCCCAAUUCCUCCAAACUUCAGGAAGACCCUCUGUUCCACGAGAACAUCACUUAUGUUGAUUUCUACCUCCACAAGGCUUCGGUGGCUGUCGUCUUCACCGUCUCCUACCUGCUCAUCUUCAUGGUUUGCAUGGUGGGAAACGGGGUGGUCUGUUUCAUCGUGCUGAGGAGCAAAAACAUGCGCACUGUCACCAACCUGUUUAUCCUCAACCUCGCCAUCAGCGACCUGCUGGUCGGCAUCUUCUGCAUGCCAACAACGCUGGUGGACAACAUUAUAACAGGAUGGCCAUUUGGCAGUGUACUGUGCAAGCUGAGCGGGAUGGUUCAAGGGAUCUCAGUGUCGGCGUCUGUGUUCACUCUGGUUGCUAUCGCCGUUGACAGGUUUCGCUGCAUCGUCUACCCUUUCAAGCAGAAGCUGACCAUCCCCACUUCAAAGCUUAUUAUUGUGGUCAUAUGGGUCCUGGCUGUGUCCAUCAUGUGUCCCUCUGGAGUGAUGCUGCAGGUCACAAAAGAACACAGUGUCAGGAUAAUCCUCGGUCGCAAUGACACCCAGCCUUUCUACUGGUGCAGGGAAAAUUGGCCCAAUCAGGAGAUGAGGAAAGUCUACACCACUGUCCUCUUUGCUAACAUCUACCUCGCUCCUCUCAGCCUUAUUGUCAUCAUGUAUGCUCGCAUUGGCUUCACCCUUUUCAAGACUACAAUUCCUGUCAUGAGCGGAAGUGGCACUGUGUUGGAAAAGGGUGGUAGCAACAACAAACCGAGUAUGGAGGGUCGUCAGACGAUUUCAAGGAAGAAGACUCGGGUGAUCAUGAUGCUGCUUGUCGUGGCUCUGCUCUUCAUCCUGUCCUGGCUUCCUCUGUGGACGCUGAUGAUGCUGAGCGACUACGCCAGCUUGACAGAGCACCAGUACCGCAUCAUUAACAUCUAUGUGUAUCCCUUCGCUCACUGGUUGGCGUUCUUCAACAGCAGCGUCAACCCCAUCAUCUACGGGUUCUUCAACGAGAAUUUCCGCCGAGGUUUCCAGGCUGCUUUCAAAUUCCAGCUCUGCUCCGUUGGCAUUGAGCGUCAAAGGUCCUACUCCCAACAGAUCCGUGGGAACGCUGUUCUUCCUUUUCAGCCUCCAGUGUUAAGUCGAUCAGGCUCAAGAGGCGGAUCAGCAUUAGUGAGGAAUGGGAAAUGUGGAAGUCAAGAGAGAGGCAGCUUGCACAGUAGGAGUGAUGUCAAAGAACAGGACCUGAUCAUGGAGGAUCUGGAGCAGGUAUCCCAGAUUUGA